AUGGAGAUGAACAAUUUGAAUGUCGAAAUAAUCUCCACGGAGUCCAUCAAGCCGUCGUCUCCAACGCCGUCAGAGCACCGAGAGCUCAAGCUUUCAUUUCUCGACCAAGUUGCCCCCAGCAGCUACACGCCUCUCCUCUUCUUCUACACCGCCGACCAGCUUCACGGCGGCGAUGACCACCGUGAGCGGUGCCGGAAAUUGAAGGAGUCUCUUGCUGAAACCUUGAACCGGUUCUAUCUUCUUGCUGGAACUCUGGUGGAGGCUUAUUUGGUGGACUGUAACGAUGACGGCGUGGAUUUUUCUGAAGCUAGAGUUUCCGGCCGGAUGUCGGAGGUCAUGGAGAAGCCUCACGACGUCGUUUCGUUGCUCCGUCUGCUGCCGUUUGAUCAUGAUGCGGUUCUUGAGAGGGAGUGCAUUUUGGCUGUACGGUAUAAUGUGUUUGAGUGCGGCGGCGUUGUGGUUGCUCUCUGUGUUACUCAUAAGAUCGUCGACGGAACCUCCGCCACCAUGUUCACCAAAGCCUGGGCCGCCGCCUGCCGUGGAGACGACAAGUAUCCGGUGGUGCCGACAUUCGACGCGACGGAGCUAUUCCCGCCGAUGGAAAUCCGCGGCGGAAACAGACGGCAAUCACGAAUGGACAAAAUCGUAACAAGAAGAUUCAUCUUCAACAAAUCCAACAUCGCCGCUCUGAAAAACCAAGCCAACUCGGAAGCAUUCCUCAACCAACGCCCUCCGUCACGAGUAGAAACCGUCUCCGGCUUCCUCUGGAAGCGUUUCAUGGCCAUAGCUCAACAAAAACCCCCUACCAAAGCUAAACGUUUCGCCGUAAUCCAAGCCGUGAACCUCCGCAACCGAAUGAACCCACCGCUUCCGCCGCACUCCUUCGGCAACCUCUGGUGGUUCGCUACCGCCGACGCGCCAAUCGACGAGGAACAAGACUUCCCAUCCUUAGUAGCCAAAAUCAGAGAAGCAAUAAAAGAAAUCAACGGCGAUUAUAUCAAGACAUUACAAGACACGGAGAAAUCGAUGAAGGCGAAGAUGAAAAUGGGCCAAAUGGUUUAUUCCGGCGAGUUGGAGCUCUAUAGCUUCACUAGUUGGUGCAGUUUUCCGCUGUACGAAUCGGAUUUCGGCUGGGGAAAACCGGCUUGGGUCUGCAGCCCUGGGCGGCCGUACAAGAACGUGGUGCUGUUCGUCAACACCAGCGACGGCGAAGGAAUCGAGGCGUGGGUGAAUUUGACGGAAACUGACAUGAAGGAUUUCGAAACUGAUUCGGAACUUCUCUCCUUCGCGUCAUUAUCCUGA